GAACCUCCAACCCUACGAUUAGCGGACGACCCGCCCUACCACCUGAUCCGCAUCUAUCCAAUGCGCUGUAGUACUUAACGCAGCUGGAGGCCACCAGAUACUGACUGUUCCUUCUGAUAUCGACCCAUCCUUUGUUCAGGGACUCGUUAUUCCAUUUCUGUCAUCAAACGUCUGUGAAACUUCUUCAGUUUACGUCUCCGUUGUUGAACGUUUUUAUGUUAACACAAAUAUUUACACGUUAAGAAUUUAGCCGGAAAUAAAAGCAGCUGAAUGCGAAAGGACGUUUCUUUUCUUCUUUUUUUUUUGCCGAGUAUACUCUUCCACGCUUCCAGACCGUAGUACGCCAAUCGACGACUGCUGUGCCAGUUAACGCCAGGCUGCCUGAGUCUACAGCACUUCCACACGUAGUCAGAUUCAUAAUCCUUUUAUAUGGCCUGUUUUGUUCCUCCAUCAUUACUUAAAUCCGCCUGUCACAUAUCUACCUACCACUUAUCAAAGCCAUAAAGAAUGUUAACCUGGCGUCACGCUGACAUUUAACACACUCCCACGCCACGUCUUCUUAGGAUUUUAUGAGUUUCCGACCUUAGUAAAAGUAGAUUAAACGGUCAGGGUUUGGUGAGAAGAUAUCGCGGCGUCUGGUUUGAUUGACUGUUGACAUAUUGGAAUGCAGAAAGUGUGUUUGCUUUCCGUUGUCUUCGGUGAGAUUUCAAUUUAUGCGAAAACCUACGGAUUAAGGUGUGAAUUACAGAACGUAAAAAAAAAUAAAAAAAACCAACAGGGGAAGAUUCUUGGCUGUGGACUGCUUUAUAUGAUUCCGUCAUUUUGUGACAUUUUUUCAUAUCCCUUGCACUCUCAGAAAGCUUUACUGUAUAAUUUAUACUCUCUCUUUUUUUUUUAGGCUUUUUAUUCGGGUCCUUCUCUCGCCUAGCGACAGUUCGAGCUUGGCUCUGAUCUUGUCUCCAUUAGCGUCACCGGAGCAUGGAGUGAGGGUACGUCCUCCUGCUUAGAGCACAGAGAGAAGAGGAGGAAAAGGGGUUGGGUGAGAGAGGACGAGAGAAGCUGAGAGAGAAGCUGAGAGAGAGGGAGGGAAGCUGAGAGAGAGAGAGAGAGAGAGAGAGAGUGUGUCGCGUCAGUUAGCUGCAGUAGUCGGAGGACAGAGGAGGCAGCAGCAUCACUGCUCACAUCCUCUUAUCAAUCAUCUCGUUCGGGUCUAUUGAGAAAGGAGUGGAGAGGACGAGACAGAACGGGUGGUCGAGUGGAGCUCCGAUACUCUGCAUCCAUCCUUCAAGGUACCAAGGAUAGUCUCCGUCUUCUGGCAGGACCUCUUUCCUCGUUCUCGCUCACUUAGAACGGCUGGAUUUUCUGGGUCGAGAAGAGCGAUGGGGUCGGGGGUCAGGGGGGCACGGACGACCCGCACGUCCCGCACGUGGACAGGGUGGAGUGGAGUGUACGUGUGCGUAUGGAGACUUGUGUUAGUGUGCUGCGGAAUCCGGACCGUUCCUGCUCAAACCUCAAGAGACAGCAAGUCGGUGUACUUCUGGGAAACAGGUCCUUGGGGAAGGUGUAUGGGCAGCGAGUGCGGCCCGGGUGGCAGUCAGAGCCGUGCCGUGUGGUGUGCCCAUGUGGAGGGCUGGACUACGCUUCCCACCAACUGCCAGCAGUCGUCACGCCCGGCCAACCAGCAGAGCUGCUUCCGUGUCUGUGACUGGCACCGCGAGCUGUACGACUGGCAGCUUGGCUCCUGGAACCGGUGCUCGCCUUUAGCACAGCACUCAGGAGGCAGUGGGCACUGUUUACACGGCGAGGCGGGAAUCCAGACGCGGGAGGUGAGCUGCGUGCUGAGAACCGACGGUUCUCCAGCCGACGAUUCCAUCUGCGAGUACUUUGAGCCGAGGCCACGGCUUGAACAGGCCUGUCUGAUUCCGUGCCCAAGGGACUGCGUGGUGUCGCAAUUCAGCCCGUGGACGUCCUGCUCCAAGACGUGCGGUUUGGGGCUGCAGAAUCGCGCCCGCUCUGUCCUGGCACCGCCGCUGUUCGGAGGCAUGCCGUGUCCCAACCUUACAGAGUUCCGGACAUGCGCGCCAAGGCACUGUGAGGGCAGGGAGAUGGUCUUCAACUUGCGCUUGGGCUCCUGGACCGAGUGCCGCGUCCAUCCGGCACCACCACCGGUGACGUCUACUUCUUCUGUCUCGCCGCCUCGUGUUACACGCCAAGCUCGACGCAGGAAAGGUAAAGAACGGCAGGGUGUCAGGGACCCAGAGACACGCGAGCUCAUCAAGAGCAAACGGACCCGCAACAAAUUGAACCGGCAGGAGAGCAGCCUGUGGGGCAUCGAGUUGGGAUACCAGGCUCGACAGGUCGUCUGUGUGCACCGCAACGGCAGCACCGUGCCUCUCAGUCAGUGCCCCCACUGGAGUCUCCCCGACCUUCACCGACCAUGCCUGAUGCCUAAAGAUUGCACGGUGGGCGAAUGGGCAGAGUGGACUCCGUGCUCGAAGACGUGUGCCGACCCAGACACCCCGACGGGCAUCCGGACCCGCAGCAGGGACAUCCAGCAGCUCCCGGUGGGCGGAGGAGCCCAGUGCCCGGUGCUGGAGGAAAGCCAGCUGUGCGAGCCACUUGGAGACAGCGUCCCACCCUGUGCCGUCUACACCUGGAGGACCACGGAGUGGGCGGAGUGUCGCGUGGACAUGUUGCUCAGCCAGCAGGACCGACGUCGCUCCAACCAGACGGGUUUGUGUGGAGGCGGCAUGCAGACCAGGGAGGUGUACUGCAUCCAAGCUAACGCCGAUCCGACCUCUGACCUGAGCACCAGCCAAGACAAGCCAGAAAGCUGGUCUCAGAGCAGUGUCACGCCCAGCCUUUCCACCAACGUUGAAAACACAGCACCUCAGCCAGUAGACAGCCAGCUGUGCGUGGGUCCUGUUCCGAGUACCAGCCAGCUGUGCCACAUCUCGUGUCCUGUGGAGUGUGAGGUGUCUCCCUGGGGGGCUUGGGGGCCAUGCACCUUUGAAAACUGCAACGACCAAACCGUGAAGAAAGGUUUCAAAUUCCGACGGCGAAAGAUCACAAAUUUCCCGACUGGAGGCGAGGGCAGCUGUGCUCACCUGGUGGAGGCCACGCCCUGCGACGAGCCCAGCUGUUUCAGCUGGCAGCUGCUCGGGCUGGAGGAGUGCGUUCCUGCCGACGACACGGACUGCGGGCCAGGGCGUCAGCUUCCACAGAGCCGCUGUGUCGACACGGACGGCAAUGAGGUGAAUAAGGAGCUGUGUGAUGAAGCGUCGCUGCCCGGCCCUGUCUCUUGUGUUGUCCCGUGUCCUAAUGACUGCGUCCUCAGUCCCUGGACCUCCUGGUCCACCUGCUCGCAGACGUGCUCGAGCAAAUCAGCCGAGGGAAAGCAGACGAGAACGAGAGCCAUUCUGGCUUACAGCGCUCGAGAAGGAAGCUCCAGCUGUCCGAACGCCAGCGCGCUACAGGAAAUGAGGAGCUGUAACGAGCAUCCCUGCGUUGUUUACCACUGGCAGACCGGACCGUGGGGGCCGUGCACUGAGGACGCUUCGGUCACCAUGCUCAACUCUACGCGGAUGACGCCCUCCGGACAGGGCAAGACAUCCUGCGCUACGGGCAUGCAGACCCGUAAGGUCAUCUGCGUCAAGGUCAACGUGGGGCAGGUCCCGCCGAAAAAAUGUCCAGAAGCUCCUCGUCCCCCGUCAGUGAGACAGUGCGUGCUACCCUGUAAGAAGGACUGCGCGGUAACGGCGUUCGCCGAAUGGACGUCCUGUCCGUCGUCCUGUGAAGCAGGACUGAGUGGCCAGAAAUACAACCAGUCCCGUUUCCGUGUGAUCGUCCAGAAGCCGGCGAACGGCGGUGUGGACUGUCCUGAGCUGCUGUACGAAGAGAGAGAGUGUGAGAUUCCUCGUCCAGCCUCAGUCUGUCCCGGUUACAGGUGGAAAACCCACAAGUGGCGCCGGUGCCAGCUCGUCCCGUGGAGCAUCCGGCAGGACACCCGAGGCGCUCAGGAGGGAUGUGGGGCGGGGCUCCAGACCAGAGCGGUCUCGUGUCGGCAGCUGGACGGUUCUGUAGCAGAUGUAGCCCAGUGUAUGAAGUUUGCGAGCUCCAUGCCGGCAGUAAACCAGCCGUGCCAGCUGCCGUGCCGAGACGACUGCCAGCUCACCAACUGGUCCAAGUUCUCCCCGUGCACUGCCGACUGCGUGGGAGUGCGCACGAGGAAAAGGGCCCUAGUAGGAAAGAGCAAAAAGAAGGACAAGUGCAAGAACAGUCAGACGUACCCGCUGAGCGAGACUCAGUACUGCCCCUGUGAUAAGUACAACGCACAGCCCGUGGGUAACUGGUCCGACUGCAUACUGCCCGAGGGCUCCGUGGCCGCUCCGGGGACUCGGGUGCAGGGAGACAGCCGGGAGUGUGGACAGGGCUACCGCUACCAGGCCAUGGUGUGCUACGACCAGGACAACAGGCUGGUGGAGACAUCACGCUGCAACAGUCACGGGUACAUCGAGGAGGCGUGCAUCAUCCCGUGCCCCUCAGACUGCAAACUCAGCGAGUGGUCCAACUGGUCCCGCUGUAGCAAGUCCUGUGGCAGUGGGGUCAAAGUUCGCUCCAAAUGGCUUCGGGAGAAACCGUAUAACGGUGGGAGACCCUGCCCCAAGCUCGACCACGUCAAUCAGGCACAGGUGUACGAGGUGGUGCCGUGCGUGAGCGACUGCUCUCAGUACGUGUGGGUGGCCGAGCCGUGGAGCGCGUGGAAAGUCAGCAACGUGGACCUGAAGGAGAACUGCGGUGACGGGGUGCAGACCAGGAAGGUCAGGUGCAUGCUGAACACCGUCGAUGGCCCCACUGACGUGGUGGAAGAUUACCUGUGUGACCCGGAGGAGAUUCCCGCAGGUACACGUGAGAGCAGGCUGCCGUGUCCGGAUCAAUGCGUGCUGUCCGAGUGGAGCUCCUGGACCAACUGCCAGCUGCCUUGUAGCGACCAAGGGGAUCGACAGAGAACAGCUUACGCACUUCGCAUGCCCAAAGAAGGGGAGGAGUGCCCCAAAAGCAUGGAGGCGGAGCCGUGCGUGUUCAACAGGAACUGCUUCCAUUACAGCUACAACAUCACAGACUGGAGCACGUGUCAGUUAAGUGCCAGCGCCGUGUGUGGACGAGGGCUGAAGACCCGCAUGGUGGACUGUGUGAGAAGUGACGGCAAGUCGGUGGACCUCAGGUUCUGCCAGGAGCUGGGUUUGGAGAGGACGUGGCAGAUGAAUGCAUCCUGUAUGGUAGAGUGCCCAGUAAACUGCCAGCUCUCUGAGUGGUCAGCGUGGACAGAGUGCUCUCAGACCUGUGGCCUGGAGGGGAGAAUGUUGCGCAGGAGGACAGUGGUCCAGGCAUCUCAGGGCGAUGGAAGGCCAUGUCCCUCUCUGAUGGAGCAGUGGAAGCCGUGUCCUGUUCGACCGUGUUAUCAGUGGCACUACAGCGCCUGGUCCGAGUGCCGUGUCGAGGAAGUGGUGUGUGGAGAAGGCCGGCGCUUUCGGAACUUGUCCUGCUUCGUGUCGGACGGUUCCCGUGACAGCCAGGCGAGCAUGGUGGAGGACGAGCUGUGCUCCGGGCUGGAGCUGGCUGUCGACGGGGACAAAAAGAUCGUUCUGGAAGAACCGUGCACUUUACCUUGCCCAGGUGACUGUUACCUGAUGGAGUGGUCAGACUGGAGCGCGUGUCAGAGCGUGUGUGUAAAAGAUCAGCGUGUGGACCCGAGCGCUGUGCAGGUACGCUCGCGAGCCGUCGUCGCCCAGGAGCCUGAGAAUAUCGGCCAGUGCCCCGACCAGGAGUGGCAGUCCCGCCCCUGCGCCGACGGCGAGUGUUUGGACUAUAAGUGGGUGAGCACGUCUCAUUCGGUCUGGUGCGAGCGCUCAGACGGAAUCAACGUGACAGGUGGAUGCCCUCCUACAAUGGCACCUGGGAAUGAGCAGCCAUGUGUCCCGUCUUGUGACCAUCCACGAUCCGUCUGCUCCGAGGAAGCUGUGUGUGUGUGCGAGGAAGGCUACACCGAGGUACUGUCUCCUGAUGGUCUGCUGCAGCAGUGUGCUCAGAUCCCCGUGCUGGAGAUUCCUACAGCGGGGAGCAAAAACGAAGACGUGAAGACAAGCCGAGCCAUCGACCCCACCACCUCCACCACAGACGAGCCUGGCCCGACGGGGCGCACUUGGUACCUCAGACCCUUCGGACCUGACGGCAGACUGAAGACGUGGGUUUACGGCGUGGCGGCCGGUGUGUUUGUGCUCCUGGUGUUUAUAGUGUCCAUGGUCUACUUAGCGUGCAGUUACUGCGCCAUGCGCCGCUCUCGGGCCACGCUCGACUCUGCCAGCUGUGCGGCGGUGUGGAUGGGCCGCGACGCUCACGAGCUCACCUUCACCUACCCCGAAUGCCAGCAGCCUGAGUUCAGCGACGGUUAGGGUUCGCACCCCUGACCUCCUGACCUUUUGACCCCAGUGCCUGUGUGUAUGCGGCUCUGCUUUCCUCCCAGCCUGCAGAGCAAAAAGCCAAAGAAACCGCAGAGACGACAAAACAACAACAGGCUGAAGCCGCUGACGUUGGCGUAUGACGGCGAUGCUGACAUGUAGCCCUGAUGACACGACACACACACACACACACACACACACACACACACACCUUCAUCAGUGCCAUAAACACACACACACACACACACACGCACACACAGCAAGAAGACGCCACUUUGCUUUCAAACGCGAACACGGACACUCGGAUAAUCAGCAUGAUGAUGAUGUUGUGUCCUCACGUGUCAUGUGAUUCCUGGACAACAACGUGGACGUCAGAUGAGUCGAGUUCAAAACCUGACGAAGAAAUGUAUCCCUAAAACGAUUCCCGAGCGAAAUUGAUGCGAGUUUUAUGGACUUUUAAACAACUGCUCAUUGUGAAUUUCAGCCUUUCUGUGGAAGGAGGAGACGGCGUCCGGCGUCCCGCGUCCCGCGUCCUCUCUUCUCCUCAUUUCCACCUUAUUGCACUAUAUUAGUGCAGCAUGAUAUGCAUUCGAGUCAGGGUUUAUCGGAUUCUGGAGCUACACUGCAAAAAUAAAUAAAUCAAUUCAUUUAAAUAAAAAUAAUAAUUAAUAAAAAAAAAAACAACAACAAAGCGUACGGGCGUGACGAGAACUUGGAUGAGAACACUCGGACUUUUUCAAACCUGAAAACUUGAUUUGCUUUUUUCUUUUCGUUUUCUUUUCCUUUCCGACGCGAUGAUAGAUCGUCCUUUUUCUCUUCUACUCAUAGUGCUUUUUUUUUUCUUUUUUUUUGUUUAAACUAUUUGAAUAUUUUCUAAGCUUUAUUUGUUGAGCUCAUUUGUGAGAGUAUGACGGUGUGAUGACGUUCUGUUCGAGCCCUGCGGUUUCUGCCUUAUUGUGCAAAGAAAUGUAUAACCUGUUGAAAUAAUUAUGAAUAUUCAGAAAUGUAUAAUUACCUGUUAUAUCUGGCUUAUAUACAGAGCUAUUUAAAAAAAAAAAAACAACAACAAACAAUAUGCGGGAACACUUUCUAUUAAGGUCAUAUGAAGGUCACAUUCGUAUCGUGGCGUAAUGCAUUACGCGUUGUUAUAACGAUUUAUGAUCGUACACGUCAGAAUGCAUUAUGAAUAGUUAAGUAAUGUUCAUAACACGUUUUAUCGCCGACACUAAAGCGCUACUUUGUGUACCUUGGUAUGAGACUGGGUUGUGUUUUUUUGUUGUUGUUGUUGUGUUUUUUUUACCCUUGAUGAUCAGACUAUAAUCAUACUACAAAAAAAAUUUAGACUUGUAGACUUGUAGAAGAACUUUUUUUUAAAAAUAAAUAAAUAAACAAAUGUCGUAUAAUAUGUUUAGAUCUUAUAAAAUUUUUGGAUUUAGUUGAAUUUUUUGGAUUCCCACAACGUUUUGAUUUCAAAUACGCCUCGCUUUACAUGCAGCUCAACAGUAUAACUAUAAUAAAUGAGUAUAUCGAAGUUAUUAUUAAUCUCUCGGAUGUAGCUCUUUUUCUUUACUGACGCUGAAACCACGAGCAUCAGGCGAUGUUUACAGAUAGACACAAAAAAAUCACUUACACUGCAAAUAUAAAUCAUAUCAAAUCGAAAUAUUCGAGUAGAAAUAUGUUCAAGAUCGAAAAACACACUCAUGUCUGUUUAUAGGUUAAAGGAUUUCCACACAACUCACUUUGCUGAAUCAUUCGCCCGUCGUCGUCGUCGUCGUCGUCGUCGUUGUUCUCGUUAAUCCACGGAGCUCUGUUUAUCAUGUGACCUACUCUCUAUGUUGUUCCGCUACAGAAAGUCCGAUAUAUUUCAAGAUCAAAUAAACUCCUUCUGUCUUUGUAAAGAAAAACAGACACAACCUCGUUAUAAAAAUACCCGAGCAUCCUCAUAGAAACUGUAAUGGUUUUAAUGGUUAUAAUGGGAAAUAAUCAUUUGGAACUGUAUUGCGCUGUGAAACUGUAAUGGUCCCUGUGGGUCUCAACGGGUAAUUUGUUGCCUUCUACUGGUGGCAUGUUAUGUCUAGUGGAUACCAUUAAGCCCCAGUAAUGGUGAUGGUAAUGGUUUUAAUGGUUAGCUGAUGGGUUGUAAUUUGUAUUUGUCGAAUUUUGUAGAAAUUUUGAAUUUCUGUGACGGUUUUUAUAGUUUGUUUGGGGUUUGUUUUGUUUUUUCAGGAGAGCUAGCAACCUGAAUUUGAUAUAGGAAUCGGCGAAUAGCGAAAAUGUUAGCCAGAUUUUAUUAUUAUAUUAUGGACUAGCACUAAAAGACAGGGAGUGCUAAUCGACUGGACGAACACUUUUAAAUCCUGUAACUCUAGAAGAUUCUUACGGCGUGACAUCACACACUACAUCGACCGUGUAUGUACACACACACACACACACACACACACACACACACAUCUCAUAGAAACUGAAGGCAUGUGAGUCUCUUCAUGUUUCCUACUUUGUUGUUUAUAGGCACGUUCAAGGCGUAACGUUUAAGCAUCACAACACCGAACGCCGAGCUGCUGCCGAUGCUGCCGAUGCAGAUUUAGCUCGCUAAACUGUUCACUGUUCAUUCCGGGCCACUCGUCAUGACCUAGCUCUCUAACACUAGCUAAAUAGUUUCUCGAUGUAGGAUUUAGCAUUUGCGCUACAUAGCUUUGUCGGAGCAAUAUCCACUAGGCAUGUUAGCUAGCUUAGCUUAGCUAAGCUAAACUUCACCGAUAUGAUAGUUCGCUAUCCGACGUCAACGCUCUUUCUUCUGUUGAUUUGGAAAGGUGUCCGAUCCGUGUAUGAAGACGUCCGUGGACACGUCGACGAUUCUGACACCCGACAGAUCGAUCGAUAUCGACUUCCGUACUCUCGCGCUAGGUUUCUGCGACCUGGGCGCGUGGCUGACGUCACAGCGCCGGGGUUUUUCGUUUUUCCCUCCGAUAUUUUUGCUUCGUAUCGGAUCGACACCGAUCCCGGGUGCUGUGUAGAAAUAUAAACGACUCGUCUCCGGAAAAAUAAAAGAUUCAGCAGUGUCACUGUGUCUACGAGGCUGAACUUCUAAACACCGCUACCUAGCGAAUCAGUUAGCGAACGCGUUAUAAGCAUUGCGACGCCUCACGGGUCUCACGAGUGAACUUACUUGACUACCGUCGGUGCAUUAUAACAUGUCACGAGCGUACGCGUAUAUGAGUAUGGCCUUCAUAGAAAGUGUUACCGAAGAUCUUCUCCCCAAAGAUGACCUACUGUAUGAUCGCUAUGACUGUAGCUGUUUAAUGACAAAAGCGGGUAUCGUUAGAAUUUUAAAUCAAAAAUGUUUUAUGUAAAUUCUAUAUAGAAAUGACCACAAUUCGCGGCUUUAAAUCUGUAAUAUUUAAAAAAAAAAAAUUAAAAUAAUAAUAAACCUCUAUAUUAUAUUAAAGGUAACUUGCUGUAUACUUAUAGUAAUAUUUAUUGUCUGAUGGCUGAAUGACAUUUAAAACAAUUUUAUGCAUUCUAAAAGCCCAGUUAAUGAAAGAAUAAUGUAAAAGGCUAGACAUACAGUAUUAAUACAUGUAAGUGUGAAUUUUUUUUUUUUUUUUUUUACUUCUCAGGUUUUUUUGGGGGGGUUUUUUUUAUGGUUCCUCAUGAUCCCGAAGGCUGAAGCUGUUCGACGCUCAGACAUCAAGCGGCUGAUGAAGCAUGAAUUUUCACUUUUGUGUAACGUGUAAAUAAUGAUUCAGGGGUUUUUUUGUUUGUUUGUUUGUUUGUUUUUUCAUAUUAAUGGAGUGUGUAUAUUUCUUUUGAAUGGCGAAAAACGAUUACGUGUACAAAAACGAAGUGAAAAAGCAGUGGUAUCUGAUCUGUGUUGAAAUUUAUGUUGUAAGAAAUUCAAACAAGGUUUAGUGGGUUUUUUUUUUUUGUACUGUUUCUGUAUCUGAGGAAUUACAGGUAAAUAAAGGAAAGCAGGAGUGUGUGUGUGUGUGUGUGUGUGUGUGUGUGUGUGUGUGUGUGUGAGUUCGAGCCGCUCGCUGUGGUUUGGUUUAGUGAACGUGUUUAAUGAAGUUGGAGGCAAAUAAACCCAAAUGAAAGUG